AUGUUACACCGGGGAGCAGCUAAGAGUUUCAUGGCUGAAUGUGAGGCAUUGAGAAAUAUCAGACAUCGAAAUUUGGUCAAGAUCUUAACUGCAUGUUCAAGUAUUGAUUUUGGCGGCAAUGAUUUCAAGGCUCUUGUUUAUGAGUUCAUGGACAACGGGAGCUUGGAAGAGUGGUUGCAUCCAUCUACUGGGACUGGAGAGUUAACAGAAGCGCCCAAAAUUUUAAGUCUUAUUCAGAGGCUUAACAUUGCCAUUGAUGUUGCUAGUGCAUUGGAUUAUCUUCACAACCAAUGUGAAACACCAAUCGUUCAUUGUGAUCUCAAGCCAAGUAAUGUUCUUAUGGAUGGUGACCUGACUGGACAUGUUUCCGACUUUGGGCUGUCAAGGUUUCUCUCAGAACCAACCACGAGUGUUUCUAGAAAUCAAUCAAGCUCCAUUGGAAUUAGAGGAUCGGUUGGCUAUGUUGCACCAGAGUAUGGUAUGGGAAGUGAGGUAUCUACAUACGGGGAUAUCUACAGCUUUGGCAUUCUCUUGUUAGAAAUGUUUACGGGGAAGAGACCCACUGAUCACAUGUUCAGUGAUAGCUUGAAUCUUCAUAAUUAUGUAAAGACAGCUCUCCCUGAAUUGGUUUCAGAGAUUUCAGAAUCACUACUUCUUCAAGAAGGCACCACCAAUGUAGCUGAAGCUCACAGGCACAGCCGAUUGAGUUUGAGAGCACAGAAAAUUGAAGAGUGCUUGACUCUGAUACUUGGUAUAGGAAUUGCAUGUUCUGUUGAAUCCCCCACAAACAGAAAGGAUAUCAGUGAUGCUGCAUCUGAAUUGCAAUCCAUUAGGCGCAAUCUUCUCAACUAGAACCUUUCAAAUUAUUAUAUUUUGUGAUGGCUAAUAAAUUGUUGUAUGGUUCUUGUAUUCUGAUCUGUUUUGUUUUUGAAUUCUCUGAAGUCCUGUUGCUACCAUAUUGGAUCUUGAAAUUUGCAUGUUAAUGUACUGAGAUGAAUAAAGAAGAGUACUAAUGCUUAUUGUAAAUAUGUAUCCUAAAUCGAAACACGUACA